CUUCCGUAGUUUGAGUCACAUGAAUGGUUUGUUGUUGUCGUGACAGAAUAACAUGCAGCUAGCUUAAUUUCCUGUAUUAACGUUAGUUUUUGGUGACGUUAUCCGGUCAACAAAACGCAGUGGUGUUACAUCUCUAGCUAAGUCCUCUCGAAAGUGUGAUAAAAAAGGACAAUAAUUGAUCAAGCGGAAGCGUCUCGGCUUUCUCUGUUUACGCGAAUGAGUGCUGACGUUAACCGAUAAAACACGAUGCUUCGGUGGAUUCUCGGUGGUCGAGAAGCUCAGGGUUCAGCGGAGAAAAGCUCUGUGUUGUGCAUCGGAGAGGAACAGCCCAAAAACUGGUUCACUGAGCUGCAGGUGCUGAAAGGACAUUUUGACAUUGUUCGAUUUCUGGUGCAGAUUGAUGACUUCAGAUGUGCGUCAGCAGGUGAUGAUGGCCUUGUUUUAGUGUGGAAUGUUGAGACCGGGGAGAGGCUGCAGGAGCUGAGGGGCCAUUCCCAGCAAAUAACAGCCAUAACCACCUUCACCUGUAAUAAUGGACUCACAUCGCACACCUCGCUCAUCACAGCCUCCUCAGACCGAAGUCUCAGUCUGUGGGACCCUGAUACAGGCAACAGGGUUCAGACCAUUUCAGAUCUUCAGUCUCCUGUAAAGUGUUUGCUGGUGCUGGAGCGGCUGUGUGUUUGGGUCUCCGGCGGGGAAGAACUGUGUGUGUGGAACAAAGACUUUCAGCUGCAGUGUCACAGACAGAACCACAGCGACACUGGAAUAACUGCUCUGAUAGAACUGCCCAAGAACUGCAUAGCAGCUGCUAUGGAUAAAGAAAUUGUGAUUUAUAGGCUGACAUACUCCACUGAUUCCUCCCUGUCAGUGGCUGAGAUCCGCUGUCUGUCCGACCACCAGGACAGGAUUCGAGCUCUCAUCAACGUCAGUGACGGGCUCUUUGCCAGCGGUUCCCAUGCGGGCGAGUUGAUCUUAUGGGAUGCGAUUGAUUGGAACAUCAUGGCCUAUGAGCACAUCCUAUGGGAGGAGUCACAAGCUUGCACCCAGGCCGAAAUACGCUUGUCUGCUCCCAAACCCAGUGAGAUGUCAAUUCAACAUCUGACCACCAAUGGAACGCUCAUCCUUGCAGCUGUGGGCAGCGGUCUGUAUGUGUACAGCGUUCUGACCAAGACCGUGGUGGCCUACAGGAAGGUGGCCCAUGACUCCAAUGUCUUACACAGCAUGCUGUUAUCUGACAGCGAGCUGAUGUCCUGCUCUGAAGAUGGCAGUGUGAGGAUGUGGGAGAUCCAAGACCUGCCUUUGCCUGCUGAGCCAGCCUCUCCAGGGCUCUUUGGAAUGUGGACGUUCGGCAGGUCAAACAAACAGACCGGUCCUCCGUCAAAGAAGGCUAUGGACGUCCCAAACAUCAGGACGCUGGAGUUGACGGGUGAUCUGAUUGGACACUCGGGGGCAGUCCAGAUGUUUGUGAGCUUUAGGGAGAACGGAUUGGUCACCUGCUCGACAGACCACCUGCUGAUUCUGUGGAAGAACGGAGAACGGCAGUCCCACCUCCGCAGCCUGGCACUUUUCCAGAAACUGGAGGAGAAUGGAAGACUCUGACCUUCAACCCUGGAUCUGCAGCCUUAAAUAAAGCAGAUGUGAAGCUGUCGGGUGACGUUAGUUUCAAAGAAGGGAUGCACUGAUCUGAUACUCAAAAAGCUGGAUUGGGCAUCCGUGACAAUGGUGCCAAUCUAUUAAGUCAAUUCUUUAUUAUUAGUAUUUUAAUAAUAAACAAUUCAGUAAAUGCAUAUACAUGAAUGUAUUUAUUUGUUACGUUUUGUUUAACAAAGUUAGGAAAGCAGUGUUUAAGUUAAGCCAGAUAUUGCCUAUCACGUAAAAGAAUGAUUCCAGUCACUUCCACACCGUGACACAUACAGCUUAUUAAUUAAACACCGGUAUUAGAUCGGGAGUCAGUAUAGGCCGGUACCCAUAGCCCAGGUAUCUGUAUCGGGACUGAAAAAGUCGGAUUGGUGCAUCCCUAGUCUCAAAUCAUUUGAAUUUACUGUAAAGAUUGUUUUUUGCUUUUAAUGAUAAUGCAAUGGUUGUUGUUUGCCUUGAAAGUAUUUAACAUUUAAAUAAAAAUAAAAACUCACUAAAUACCUCAUCUCAGAAA